AGUUUAUUGAAAGCGCAGAAUCCGUGAGCUACUGACGUGUUUCGCUCGAGCGCAUCGCGCAUCUCCCAGAUACGACCUACGAUCUCCACCUCGCUCGCUCGCACCCGCCCUCCGCGCAUAGCACCCUCUCGCUCGCGCACCGAAGUGAUCGUGAUAUCGUGCCGCGGAUUUUAUUCCGAUUGAGAAAAGGCGGUGAAAAUAUUACACAUUAUAGUUGUCGGCUUCGAUUGCGUCGCCAGCGAUUUUGUCAUCGCGAUCAUUGUUGGCCGGAUCGACGGCUCCUACGCGAUAUAAUUGUAUUCCCGCCGAUCUUGCUGCUAUCCCCUUUGGGCAAUGCCCAAUUCCAAAUUGUUAAUUGCGUGACAAAUUCGAAAAGGGGUUAAUAUAUUUAGAAAACGCGAAGCUCCGGCUCACCCACGAGAUAAUGCAGUUCGAUCCGAAGCCACGAUGCGGUGGCAGCGUGGUUAGCUUUACCGUUAUGCUGCUGCUGAUCAUCGGCGCCGAUUUCGCCGCUGGAAGGCCUGAUGUGCGCGAGUCGCCCUUCGCCCUCAAUCUGCAGCCUCCGCUGUUGCAGUCGGACGUAACCUUCAGCUCAGGCCAGGGGGGUGGUGCCGGGCCGAAGGCCAUCGACAGCUACGGCAACCCCAUCGACGCGCUGAGACCCAUCGACACGCCCGACGGGCGCAAGGUGGUCAGCGCCCAGGGCGUUCAGUUUGAGAUACCCACGUACGCCUCGGGAAUAACGGAGAUCCGGCGGCCGGCCGAUGAUCUUUUGCCGCCACACAUUGGUGAGUUGACCUCCACGCGAGCAGCGGCUGCCAGCGGAGCCACCAGCAGAACGGAAACGGAAAUGAGGACCAGGACGUUACACGAAACUAAAACUAAAACUAAAACCGAAAACAAUGCCUCGACAGCACCGCACACAACCAGUAGUCGUAGAAAUAGUAUAAAUAGCACUAGCACCCGCACCGCACUAGCCGCACCCAUUAGCACCACUAACAAACUGGCCAAGCGUGAAUCGCUGGGCGUCCAGUUCCCCAUUGCACCACCCAGUAACCGCCACGCCCCACCCCCCUUCUCACUGAUCAAACUGAAUCCCUUUGCCGCCCUGGACUCUCCAAUCACCCAGAUCGGUACCCACUCGAGUCCAAGUCCACUUCCCAGUCUUUGUCCCAGUCCCAGUCCCAAGCACAGUCCUAUUGUCAGUUCCCUAGCCACAGCCACAGUCCCAACCAACGCGAAUUGCUCGAAAUACUCAAUUCCGAAUCCUCUCCAAUCAGAUGCCAUCGCUGUGGGCCUGGAACCCAGCACCGAUCAGAAACCGAAUCCGAACUCAUUCACUGGCACAGCAUCAGCAUCUGCACCAGCACCACUUCCAGCCACAUCACUAACACCGCCCCUCCAUGAUCCACCAUCACCCGACACGACGACCACCGCGGAUGUGGAGGUGGAGCAGGCGCAUCUGGUGCCGCUCCCACAGGAGGAAAAGGAGGUGGAAUCUCUGCCCGAUUAUAUCCGGGAGCUGCAGCGCGAGGAUGCAAACAUUGGCGGUCCUGUGGAGUGGAAACCAGCUGCCGAUGGAGCUCCGCUCAGUGUGAUUGCCUGGGAUCUGUUGCCACCGCAUCGAAACCAGGAUAAUAAAGAUCAGGCUCAGGAGCCAACUAUCAUUACUGAGGCGCAGCAGCAGCCUGCUAAGAAGGUCCAGGGUAUUGUGGAUCCAAUUAGCCACAACAUUCGCAUCAGUCUGAGCAGUGGCAAUGCUUUAAGCCCAGUGGCACCAACUGAGCAACUACAGGCACAGUCGCAGGACAACCUCCACAACGAUGGACCGGCCGAUCAUGGCACCAAUGCCCAUGUAGGCACAACCACACCCAGCAAUCCGGGUCGAUUCCCAAAUCGCCAGAGAGGCACAGCUCACUACAGCACCACCAGGAGCAGUAGUACUACCCUAAGAUCGCGCAUCAGCACCACAACCACUAAGGCCACAACAACCACAGCUAGGACCACAACAACUACACCUAGGACCACUACAACCACACCUAGGACCACCACAACCACUAGGAGGACCACAACAACUACCACCACUACAGCGAAACCCGAAACGCGCACUGCCAACCCGGUAGCCAGCACUAUUGGCACGACCGAGGAUCCAUCCACCUUUUUUCGCUUGGAGAACGAGGAGGCCUAUGCCUAUACCCUGCCCACGUGGCUGCAGGAGGUCACCGAUCCGGAUCUGGAUGUGGCCGUCACCUUCGAAGUGCCCACCGAUAAUGAUCAGUAUAACCACACGCUGGCCAACGAUUUGGAGCCACCAUUUGAGCCCUUCGUAGAUCUGGGAAAUAUUCAGCUGACACCACCACCCACUGACAGGCCAACCACCACAAGCACAACAACCACGACAACCACCACCACCACGCCGGCACCAACAACGACAACUACAACCACAACAACAACGCCACGAACAACGACAACCACAACCACUCGUCGUCCGAGCACGCAGCGAACUACCAAAGCACCCAUACCACCCACUCACAGCACCCAAGAGCACCCAGAACCACCGCCAGUGAAACUGACCACAAUCACCACCCACCACGCAGAUAACACGCCGGAGGAUUCGAGCAGCAGUGGCAGUAGCAGCACUACCACUUUCGUCAACACCACUCCAAUCCCGUUGGAUGCUGGCAACCCAUUCGAUUCGGCCACCAUUCCCGCCUGGCUGCGUGACUUCGACUAUCCGGAUGUCGGCCCGGGCGUGCCCUUUGACCCGGACAACUUUGGAACAGCGUCAGCCAGCAGCACCCGUAACCCCACCAAUCCGACUCGUCCCCCUACCGUCCCGCCCGUCUCCUCCGCUUUUCCAUCCAAAGUCACGCUUCCGCUUCCAGGCAGCAGCAUCAGUAGCAGUAGCAGUGAGGAACCGCAGCUGGUACUCGUUCCGCCCGCUGACCGCUCGGAGGCCGCUUCUGGUUCCGACUCCCACUUCGGCCCCAAUCCUGGACAACUGACCCAUCCCACUUCCAACUCUGUCACGCCUUUUGCAGCCCGCUUUGAGCCAUCGGCCAGCAGCUCCAGCUCCCAGAGCGUUGAACCCUUCCCACCCAGCAAGGUGGAGUACAGCAAGAGCGACGAGGGCAAGGUCAUUAGCACGCCGGUCACCAACAAUCAGCGAAAAACGGAGACUGUUGCACCUCCAGCUAGCAACACCGGGAAGUACACGGGAGGAUUUGGUGCACCGCCGGGCCUACUACGCCCACAGUCGACCAAUCCUUCGGGCUCCAAUUCCAAUCCGAGGCCCGGCUCCGACAUCUAUGUGGCGGGCAACCAACACGAGUUCAGCAGUGUUUUGAAGGCGAACAAGGCGCGACCCACCGUGAAUCCGGGUCGCUACAACGGCGGAUUCGGGGCGCCAACGGGAGUUCUUUCGCCUCAAUCGCAGGCGGCGCCACGUCCCUUCCAGCCCAUUAACCAGCGAACAGAGCACAGGGAACAGUCAUCCGGUGGCAACCGGAGGACGGAGAGCCGUUUUGGUGGACCACCCGGCAUUCUCGUGCCCUUCGACAACGUGCAGCGAACUGGGGGGCAAUAGAAGGCAGUCCAGGAGUCCGCAAAUACUUUAAAUUAUUUAUAGCCCAUGUACAUGUACCUAUGCUAGAGCUAAGUAAACUAACUGACCCGCGGGUCACCACAGUACUUGCACAAUAAAAAGUCUCGGAACUAUACAUAUAGUCGAAUGCUA